GCACCCAGCCCGAGACGACUCGUCACUGGUGGCCACAGGCAACGGAGACGCAGGACGAACCGGAGCCUAAAGUGAAGCCAGGUGACCUGGUGUACGUCAAGGUGUUUAGGAGAAAGUGGGACCACGCCCGACGAGAAGGUCCCUAUACGGUGGUCCGAGCAACAUCAAGAGCAGUACAAGUUGAAGGCUCUCCUACCUGGUAUCAUUUAAACCACUGUGUUAAAGCACCAGAGGGGGAAACAGGGUCAGUGACCAAAAAAGAGGAGGAUGAGUGGUCCGGAGAAGAAAAAGACAGUGAUCCUGGUCCUCCUGCUGCUGGUGGGGACACUUGGGGUGGUGCAGCAAUGCCUCAGACCAUCCGUGUCCUCCGAAGCAGGGGAACAGUUAAGACUUAGGAGAAAUGCAAACGGGUCAGUAGGGGCCAAGAGUAACAUAGGUAGACGUAGAGGGCCUGUAGGGAAAGAAUGGCCUAGGGUUAAUGUGUGGACCUCUAAUGACCCUGGGUGGAGUUAUGGGGUGUGGACCACCUGGAGUGCCCAGAUGUCAAUUAUAGAGUGGGACUCGACUGCAGACACAAUGACCAUUUAUGUGUCUGUGGAUCAGGAGUCCCAGGAGCGGUUGUGUGGGAUAGAGUGGAUGGGCCAGCGCAUGUAUGAGUUCCCUACUUCCUGGGGGAAAGACAGGUGUUCCAUCAGAGUGAGAGAGGGAGAGACGGAGUCAGGAAAAGUAUGGGACAUUAGAGUAGGUUUUCGCAAUAGGAAACCUGAGAGUCCUAGAGUCAUCUGGUCUAAGAAUAAAGGAGGGAGUGCACACCGUGAGGUUGCAGCCCUACAGCCCCCACCAGGAAACAUCGUGGAGGAUGAGGAUGAGGUUCAGACUCAGCGGCCAGCCGGAUCAGCGACCAAAGAGCUCGUUGUUGCUUCAGCGGGGGCUUCAAUGCCGAACAGUGGUUCAGGCCUUUCAGGAUGGAUGCAGCAAGCUGUGUCAGGAUGGACUGAUGGGCUGAUCACAAAAUUACAAGGAUUUUUGUCAGAACAAGAUGAGGAGGAAGACGAGGAACAGGGUGAGAAUACUCUAGUGGAUGUGCGCCUGCAAAAUAGCUGGUACAGAUGGGUUCAGUUUGCGGGGUUGGCUAAUGGGAAGACUGAUUGUUACAUCUGUACUAAAGCCAAGCCUGAUAGGUUUUUUGUGCUAAAUACGAUUUUCAGUUGGCAGGAUUGUGAAAAGAGAUUGCGGGCAUACACUCAAAGUCCCAGACCCUGGUGUUAAGCAGAGUGUUUACUGUAUUUAGGUUCACCCUC